AUGGCCCUGAGCGGCAGGACAGACGAGGUGCCUGGAUAUGGGCGACCCACGGACGUCAACUUCCAUUCCAAUAUUGAGGCAAGGAUAAGAAAUCCCCUCAUAGAUAUAUCUCGUGACACCCUCCUAGAAGAUGUCGAAAACUUCUGUCGCGAAAAGGGUCUGCAGCAGUAUCGUGACAUCAUUUGCAAAGGUGCGCUGGUCGCCAAGGACCCUUCGGGAUACGAAGAUUUUACCGGGCCGGAUUCGCUCGACCAACAUGACAUCAAAGCACUUCGCGACGAGGUUCUUCACAAAUGGCGUAUACCGAAAGCCUUGUAUCUCACCGUUAUCACUUGCUCCAUCGGGGCGGCUGUUCAGGGCUGGGACCAGACGGGUUCCAAUGGCGCCAACCUCGAAUUCCCAGACGCAUUCGGAAUAGGCGCCGACACCAUACGCGAUAAGACGCUUGUUGGGCUUGUCAAUGCCGCUCCUUACAUAGGCACUGCCUUCGCUGGCUGCUGGGUCUCAGACCCCAUCAACAACCUCGUUGGUCGUCGUGGAACUAUAUUCAUAUCUGCGCACUUCUGUCUCUGGCCCGUUCUCGCAAGCGCAUUUUGCAACUCAUGGGUUCAGCUCCUGGGCUGCCGCCUACUCCUCGGUAUCGGCAUGGGCAUCAAGGCCUCUACUGUUCCCAUAUACGCCGCUGAAAGCACACCGGCCCCGAUCCGUGGCGCCCUAGUCAUGAGCUGGCAACUGUGGGUGUCAUUUGGAAUCUUCCUCGGCACAUGCGCAAAUAUCAUUGCCUUCAAGUCAUUCAGUGAACCCUGGCGCUACCAACUAGGCUCCGCCUUUAUACCAGCUGUCCCUCUCAUUCUUCUCAUCUUCCUCUGUCCCGAAUCUCCCCGAUGGUAUAUGAAAAAGGACCGAUAUGCCGAAGCUCUUAAAUCACUGCUGCGAAUACGCAAUAGCCCUAUUCAAGCAGGGCGGGAUCUCUAUUAUAUCCACGUUCAGCUACAGGUAGAACGCGAAUUCGCCGGUCGUGGCGACUAUUUAAGACGGUGUAUUGAGCUCUUCACCAUCCCGAGAAUUCGACGGGCUACCAUAGCAUCGUUCGUCGUCAUGAUUGCCCAGCAAAUGUGUGGAAUCAACAUCAUCGCAUUUUACUCGACCGACAUUUUUUCCAAAGCCGGAACCGGUAAAUACCAGUCGUAUUUAUCAACCAUGGGCUUCGGUCUCAUCAAUUUUGUCUUUGCCUUUCCGGCUAUAUGGACCAUCGAUACCUUUGGACGCCGCUCCCUCCUAUUAUUUACAUUUCCACAGAUGGCUUGGACAUUAUUAGCUGCCGGCCUCUGCAGCCUGAUCCCUAAAGAUACGAACACGAGAGCCGCCAUGAUUGCUGUCUUCGUCUACCUGUUUGCUGCCUUCUAUUCACCAGGUGAAGGGCCCGUGCCCUACCCUUACUCGGCCGAAGUCUUCCCCCUCUCUCAUCGUGAAGUUGGCAUGGCCUGGGCUGUUGCCACUUGCCUAUUCUGGGCGGCUGUACUUUCCAUCACAUUCCCCCUUAUGCUCGCCCGACUUGGAGUCCUCGGAUCAUUCGUCCUGUACGCCGGAUUCAACGUGUUGGCUCUCAUAAUGAUCUUCCUUCUCCUCCCUGAAACAAAGCAGCGAACACUUGAAGAGCUGGACUACAUCUUUGCCGUUCCGUUGCGCGUUUUUAUGAAGUACCAGAUCACCAAAACGCUUCCCUGGUGGGUCCGCCGAUGGAUCUUGCAGCAAGAUGUCACGCUUAAGCCUUUGUAUAGACUCGACUUCGUAAAUAACCAGUCCGGGAACCACGAUUAUAUGGAAAGCCAGAUGGACAUUCUGGAGACAAAUAAGGCAAAACGAGAGUUGAAGGAGAGCCUGGGGAGAAUGACUUCUACGACACACUAUGAACGACUCGAUGGAUAUGAUUAG